AUGACUUCUGCUGGACCUAUUUGUGCUUCAUGUAAACAAUUGGGUCACAGCAGGGGAUCAAAUUUUUCUUACUCUUUGAGUCCAAGACACAAAACUCUCUUGAUUCCCCAAAAGAGAACCAGUGAUAAUCUCUCUGCCCAAGAAGAAUAUCAAGCAGAGAGUACUGUUCAGAAUUCUGUGGUACUUACUGUGGCAGAAAUCAAUGCUCUCUCCUGUGCUGCCCAAUAUUCUGCAGAGGGUAGUCGAGCUGCUGCUUCGAAACCAAGAGCUGAAGCAGUCCAGAGUCAUGUGAUGCUCACCAUAGCAGAAAAAAUUGCUCUCUCCCGUGCUGCCAAAUAUCCUGCAGAGAGUGAUUCAGCUGCUGCUUCGAAACCAAGAGUUGAAGCUGUCCAGAGUCGUGUGGUGCUCACCAUAGCAGAAAUCAUAGCUCUCUCCCGUGCUGCCCAAUAUCCUGCAGAGAGUAGUCGAGCUGCUGCUUCAAGACCAAGAGUUGAAGCUGUCUGGGAUUUUGUUGUGCCCACACAACUGUUGUCAAUUGACCUCUCCUUCACAGAACAAUAUACUGCAGAGAGCGACAGAGAUCUAACUGACGCUUUUGAGGCUUUGCAAGUUUCUGAUGUUGAGAGAGUCUUGGAUUUGACUACCACCAUCGCCACUGCCACUACCACUGUUAUUCCCCACUGUUCCAGCUGUAAUGGAAUUGGUCACCAACAGAGUAACAGUUUGCAGUGUCCUAAUAACCAAAGGGACCGCAAUUUUGUCCCCGGCCAGUUAACUACCACUCACAACAUAGCCUGGCAUACUACCACCUCUGCAAUGAUACCCGUCUUAUAUGCAAUGACUUUGGCAGAUAUGUCAUCAAGGCUACCAUUGUAA